AGGCGUCUUUCUCCGUCUCCAUCCCUACCCAAGGGUUCUGGGCUCUGACGACGUCAGGGAUCUCCAGUGUGGGUGCUAAGGCUCCCGGAGAGGGCGGCAGGUUGCCGCGGCCGGCCUCCAGGAUCCUGGAGACACUCGGGUGGACUUCUUGCACCAAACCCUUCUCUGAGCAGGCUAUACUGCGCCGCUGGAAACCGCGCUUUCCUGCAGGUCAGUCUGUGGGCGGAGCCGCUCCCCUCCCACUCCCGCCGGCCUCUGCAGCAUGGCCACCAGCCUCAUCCCGGACGCUCCUCGCCCUCAGAGCUCGCUAUCCUCCCAACAGACCAUACUCCUGUUAGUGCUCUCGGUGCUGACCGCUGUGCACGUGAGCCAGUGGUUGCUGAGGCAGCGGCGGCGCCAUCCAGCGCCAUCCCCACCGGGCCCCUUUCAGUGGCCUCUGAUCGGAAACGCGGCGACAGUGGGCCGGGCGCCUCAUCUCUCCUUCGCUCGCCUGGCGCAGCGCUACGGCGAUGUGUUCCAAAUCCGCCUGGGCAGCUGCCCUGUGGUGGUGCUGAACGGCGAGCGCGCCAUCCACCAGGCCUUGGUGCAGCAGGGCGCCGCCUUCGCCGACCGGCCGCCUUUCCCUUCCUUCCGCGUAGUGUCCGGCGGCCGCAGCCUAGCUUUUGGUCACUACUCGGAGCACUGGAAGGUGCAGCGACGCGCGGCACACGGCACCAUGCUUGCCUUCUCCACGCGCCAGCCACGCAGCCGCCGCCUCCUCGAGGGCCACGUGCUGGGCGAGGCGCGCGAGUUAGUGGCGCUGCUGGUGCGCGGCAGUGCGGGCGGCUCGUUCCUGGACCCGAGGCAGGCGACCAUCGUGGCCGUGGCCAACGUCAUGAGUGCCGUGUGCUUCGGCUGCCGCUACAACCAUGACGACGCCGAGUUCCUGGAGCUGCUCAGCCACAAUGAGGAAUUCGGGCGCACGGUGGGCGCAGGCAGCCUGGUGGACGUGCUGCCCUGGCUGCAGCGCUUCCCCAACCCGCUGCGCACCACCUUUCGCCAGUUCGAGCGGGUCAACCGUAACUUCAGCAAUUUCAUCCUGGACAAGUUCUUGCGGCACCGCGACAGCCUUCAACCCGGCGCCGCCCCGCGCGACAUGAUGGAUGCCUUCAUCCUCUCCGCAGACAAGGCUGCGGGGCGCUCGGGCGAUGGGCGCGCGCGUUUGGACUUGGAGAACGUGCCCGCCACAGUCACGGACAUCUUCGGCGCCAGCCAGGACACGCUCUCCACUGCACUCCAGUGGCUGUUCCUCAUCUUCACUAGGUAUCCUGAUGUGCAGGUGCGAGUACAGGCAGAACUGGAUGGGGUCGUGGGGCGGGACCGGCUGCCCUGCAUGGAUGACCAGCCCAAGCUGCCCUAUGUCAUGGCCUUUCUUUAUGAAACAUUACGAUUCUCCAGCUUUGUGCCCAUUACCAUUCCUCAUGCCACCACCACUGACGCCUUGGUUCUGGGCUACCAUAUCCCCAAGAACACGGUGGUUUUUGUUAACCAGUGGUCGGUGAACCACGAUCCAGUGAAGUGGCCUAACCCAGAGGACUUUGAUCCAGCCCGAUUCUUGGACGAGGAUGGCUCCUUCAACAAAGACCUGGCCAGCAGCGUGAUGAUUUUUUCCACGGGCAAGCGACGGUGCAUCGGUGAAGAGCUGUCGAAGAUGCAACUGUUCCUUUUCCUCUCCAUCCUGGCUCACCAGUGUAACUUCAAGGCCAACCCAGAUGAGCCCUGGAAAAUGAGCUUCAGUUAUGGCUUGGCCAUUAAACCCAAGUCAUUUAAAGUCAAUGUUACCCUCAGAGAGUCCAUGGCGCUCCUUGAUAAUGCAGUCCAGAAGCUACAAGCCGAGGACGUUUGCCCUUGAGAAGAAGCCAGAAGCAAUCUGAAAUUCCACAAGGACUCAAGUUCUUGUGGAACAUGGGGAGUAAAAUCUAGUUUUUUUUCCAGUUCUUUUUUGGUGCCACUUCUUGGUGAGUCCAUGAUGAGUAUGAGCGAGGUGGUCUGCGGGUGAGCCUCACUCUGUACUGAGCUGCCUCUUGGGAGGACUAGGCUGUACAGGAGCUCAUAGAAGGUUUUUUGAGGUUAAAGGCCCAAGUAUUUUCAUAAAUGUGCUGGAUUUUGGUGAGCAUUCAGAGGAAACACACACACGCACAAUCUGGUAAAGAAUUAUUUUAAUAGUCCUAAUUUUUUCGGUGGAAUCCAAGAUUGUUCUUCAGUGCAGAGCUGUACUUCUUACAAAGCAGUAGUAAGCAAAGUUUCAGCAUCUGUUGUUGAAGAUGCCAAAGCAGGUAGUUUCAGCCUGAGAUGUAUGACUGAAAUUGUGAGGGAAAUGGCAGAGAUUGUUCCCCCUCUUCAGCUGAAGAGCUUAGAGGGUGCUCGUGUGUCCAGGUGCACUUGCCUUUUUGCCUGCUGAUGUGUUUCCUUAUUCUUUAGGGUUGAAUUGUAGAAUCACUCAAAAAGAAACUGAGAUUUGAGUUAGUGUUUAUAGUGAAUAUCAGUG